UCAGCCGCCAUCUUGUGUUGCUUUUCUAUUGUUCAGAAUAGGAGCAGGCGGCGACGGGAGUUUGUGUGCUUCAAGCCCUUCUCGAAUAAAACCCCGUCGAAAAUUAAACAAAAACCACAAGGGUUCACUCUCAGGGUUCGAGCGUUUCCUCUGUGAAAAUGAUGGACGAAGAGCAACCCAAGACUCUGUACGUAGGGAACCUUUCCCGGGAUGUGACCGAAGCCCUUAUCCUUCAGCUCUUCAGUCAGAUUGGACCCUGCAAAAGCUGUAAAAUGAUUGUUGAUACGGCCGGCAAUGACCCAUACUGCUUUGUGGAGUUUUAUGAGCAUCGGCAUGCUGCUGCUGCCCUAGCUGCCAUGAAUGGACGUAAAAUAAUGGGUAAGGAGGUUAAAGUGAAUUGGGCCACAACACCAAGUAGCCAGAAGAAAGACACAAGCAAUCAUUUUCAUGUCUUUGUUGGAGACCUGAGCCCAGAAAUCACCACAGAAGAUAUUAAAGCAGCCUUUGCACCAUUUGGAAGAAUAUCUGAUGCACGUGUGGUGAAAGACAUGGCUACCGGUAAAUCAAAAGGUUAUGGAUUUGUCUCUUUCUUCAACAAAUGGGAUGCAGAAAAUGCCAUUCAGCAAAUGGGAGGACAGUGGCUUGGAGGGAGGCAGAUCAGAACAAACUGGGCUACCAGAAAGCCCCCUGCUCCCAAGUCUACCUAUGAAACAAAUGCUAAACAUCUGUCAUUUGAUGAGGUAGUGAACCAGUCUAGUCCAAGCAACUGCACAGUCUACUGUGGUGGAGUGACAUCUGGGCUGACGGAGCAACUGAUGAGACAGACCUUCUCCCCUUUUGGGCAGAUCAUGGAAAUCCGAGUUUUUCCUGACAAAGGUUAUUCGUUUAUCAGAUUUAACUCCCAUGAAGGAGCAGCUCAUGCUAUUGUGUCCGUGAAUGGGACUUCAAUAGAGGGGCAUGUGGUCAAGUGUUACUGGGGCAAGGAGACUCCAGACAUGAUGAACCCCAUGCAGCAGGUACAAGUGCCCCAGCAAAAUAAAGUAGGCUUUGCCCAGCCAUAUGGGCAAUGGGGACAGUGGUAUGGCAAUGCGCAGCAGAUUGGUCAGUAUGUCCCCAACGGUUGGCAAGUGCCUACAUAUGGAGUUUAUGGGCAAGCAUGGAACCAGCAGGGCUUCAAUCAAACACAGGCCAGUGCUGCGUGGACGGGUGCUAACGUCAGGGUUGAGCCCACACAGGGACUGAAUGGCUGUGUGAUAGCUAACCAGGCAGGAUUUGGCACGGCGGGAUACCAAACACAGUGAUUAAGGCGUGAUAAGGCACGCACAUACAAAAUUAAUACAAGUUUAAAAGGACUAUGCCUUUGUCAGUUUAAAAAAGGAAAACAAAUGUGACCUUUUUCUACAGGGAAUUAAAGUAAAUUGAUAUUUUAUAAUGAGGACGUUUUUGGUUUCUUGUCAUUUGGACUGUCAUUAGUUAUUGGUGUAAUUUUUGUCCAAGAAGGGGAUGGCCCCAGGUGAAUGGGAUGAAAAUCAUGUAAAAUGUUCACGACCUAACACAUUGUUUAGAAGUUGUUUUAUGAAAAAUCUUGGAUGUCAGCUGUUGUACAUUUUUUUUUUAACUAAACAAAUUGCAGGGAUUACUGCCACUUUUUUGUUUUAAAGGCAGAAAAUAUUGCACAAUACUAUUGUUUUUUUCACAAAAUUGAUGUACUUACACAAAUGAUAGGUAUUUUUAAAUUUUGCAUUCCACUUUUUCUUUUGUAUUGGAGGGCUAUUACAAAACUGUUGUAUGUAAAUAACCAAACAUUUAACUCAGAUCAAAUGUUUUGAAAGUGUAUAAAAUCAAGUAAAACCUGUUAUUACUUUUUUUUUAAUCUGUUGGAAGCAACUCUGUUAACACUGGUCCAGGAGAAUCUGUUCAUAGUGCAUGUUUGUGAUCCAUCUAGGUUAAAUUGAUGCAUUGCUAUGCAGUGCAGAAUUAGACUAAUUAGACUUCUGUGUAUAAAAUUGAUAUUUUGAUUUAUGAAACCUAAAUUGAUCAGAAAGGUGCACUGUUAAUUAAUUGAGGUUAUAAUGCCAGACUUGGACAAGACCCAUUACUUUGCCUUAUUUCCAUUUAUUUUAUUUAAACCAGCUAUCACUAAGAGUAGGCAGUGCCUAAAGACAUUCUCAGACAUGCUUUUGAAAGAACCUUUUUUUAAUGUAUAUGCUACUAUAACGUGUUCUUGCUUUAAUGUCCCAUUAAAAUGCAAAUGCAUAUAAAUACACUGUGA